CACCCCCGCGAGCGGACCAACCCCUCCCCGCCAGCCCCACCCCGUCGGUCAUUUCACUCAUUCAGUGGUUUGCUGGUUCCCCCUCGGGCGAUGCUACGUAGAACAUAGAGUUGAUGGCAGUCUUCUCUCACCCGUGACUUGCUCCGCACCUGAGAGAGUGCUUCGCCCGCUUACCGCCUGUGGAGAUGGCCAGUAUAACCCAGCUGUUCAAUGAACUAUGUGAGGCCCACCUGGGGCACGUGCCUUGGAAGGUCCACCCUGGCAGGCAUGGUGCCAGCAUGCGGAGGGCCAAGCAAGGCCUGAAAAGGGCAGUCUAUGAUUCCCUCUUUGUGGACCUCUUUCAGGAUGAGGGCCACAAGCCACCGUCAGCUGGGACCCAGCUUCCUGUGAAGAACAAAAUCCUCAUGUUGUCCUUCAGCUUGCGGGUUGGGGGCCUGGGUCGGGACGCUGACAGGCUGGAGGAGCUGGUGGAGGGCUUAGAGGCGUCCCCUGCCCUCGGCCUGCCGCUGGCCGACGUCAGGGCCGUGCUGGACCUCCUGGUACACCUGGCGGGGAGUGGCCCACCGCUGCUCCUCCCUCCCAAGAAAGAUUAUUUCCUGAACAACAAGCAUGUGGGCAGAAACGUCCAGUAUCAGGGGUAUGAUUACUAUGAUGUGAGCGUGUUUGAGGCUGAUGCACGCUUCCUCAUUGCCAGCGAAGAGCGGCAGUGCCGGGACAUGAUUCAGAAGACACUGCAGGUGAUGGAGGCUGCACCAGGCACUGGCCUGCCCUCCAUCGGGCUGUUUGCCCAGAACUACCCUGGUGUGGACCGGUUUGAGAGAGAGACCCGCGGCUCACUGUUUGGGGCCCUGGUGCACAGCCGCACCUAUGACAUGGACAUCAAGCUGGACCUGCCGCCCGUUCCAGACAGUGCUGACUUGUCAGGCCUCGCCAUCCAAGUUCCUCAGAGCAUUGAUCAAUCAGAAGAUGAAGGGUUCCAGUCGGCAUCGAAUCUGACGCCUGACUCCCAGUCAGAGCCCAGCAUGACCCCGGACAUCGACCUCUGGGAUGCCGCUCUCACCUACGAGCCCAGCAAACGCCGAUGCUGGGAGAGGAUUGGCUGCCCACCUGGGAAUAAAGAGGAGCCGUACCUCACGGAGGCCGGGAGGGAAGCCUUCGACAUGUUUUACCGCCUCCGGGAAGGGGAGCUGCAGCUUCUGCACAGCGGCCUGUUCCAGCUGCCCCCCCUGUUCCUGAUGAAGGAGAGGGAGCUGGUCAAGGACGUCCUGAACGUCCUCAUCGGGGUCGUCUCGGCCACCUUUUCCCUCAGUCAGGCCAGCCAGGUGUUCGAGGUAAAGCAGGGCAUCUACGUGUCAGGAACGUCCCCACAGAACGUGGGCAGCCUUCUGUCCGAGAUGGCCGAGUAUGGCACGCACUACACCCGCCUCAGUCGCUUCUCCCUGCAGCCGGUUCUGGAUUCCUGCUACAGCAAGGGCCUCGUGUUCCAGGCUUUUACAAGCGGCUUACGGAAGUACCUGCAGUAUUACCGAGCAUGCGUGCUCUCCACACCACCAACCUUGAGCCUGCUGACCAUCAGCUUCCUUUUCAAGAAGCUGGGGCGCCAGUUAAGGUAUCUGGCCGAGCUCUGUGGUGUGGGCACUACCGUUCCUGGGCUCAGCGAGGGAGGGGCCCAGUCCUCUUUCCCGACGGGAGUGAAGCUGCUAUCCUACCUCUACCAAGAAGCCUUAGAUAACUGCAGCAAUGAACAUUAUCCUGUCCUGCUAUCACUGUUGAAGGCCAGCUGUGAGCCAUACACCAGGUUUAUCCAUGACUGGGUGUACAGUGGCGUGUUCCGUGAUGUCUAUGGCGAGUUCAUGAUCCAAGUAAACGAAGAGUACCUCAGCUGCCGUGAUAAGUUUUACUGGACGCAUGGCUACGUGCUCAUUUCCAAGGAAGUGGAGGACUGCGUCCCUGUGUUCCUCAAGCACGUUGCCAAUGAUGUCUACAUCUGCGGGAAGACCAUCAACCUGCUGAAGCUGUGCUGUCCCCAGCAUUAUAUCUGUUGGUCCGAUGUCCCUGUGCCCCGCAUCUCGGUCAUCUUCUCCCUGGAGGAGCUGAAGGAGAUUGAGAAGGACUGCGCUGUGUAUGUAGGGCGCAUGGAGAGGCUGGCCCGCCAUAGCGCUGUGAGCAAGGAGGAGAAGAAAUUGCGGAUGGAGAUCGCCAAGCAAGAAUUAAUUGUCCAUGCCCGGGACAUGGCCUCCCGGGUGUUGAAGGCUUUGAAUGACCGACACAUAUCUGAAAGGAUGGCCUUGGACGCCAAGAAACGAGAGCAGUUCCAGAAACUCAAAGAGCAGUUUCUGAAGGAUCAGGAGCGCCGCCUGGCAGCCAAGCAGGAGGAGAUCGAUGAUGACUUCAGCUACGCCCGUGAGCUGCGUGAGAGAGAGAAGAGACUGAAAGCGCUGGAGGAAGAAUUGGAGCGCAGGGCCAGGCAGGACCUGAUUGACCAUUACAGCAAGUUGUCCGAGGAGGCUGCUCGCCGUGAGCAGCGGGCUCUCUGGAAGAUACAGAGGCAUAAGCUCGAGACGGCCCGCCUCAACUUUCUCUUGGAAGACCAGAAACGCACGCAGGAGAUGCUUCAAAAUGUCUCUGAAGGAAAGUACAGGGAGAAACUUGACAUUCUUCCCAGUGUCCAUCCCCCUGGACAAGCAGGCACCUCAGGAGGAGAACCUGGGGCCCAGGCAGGGCAGUGCUCGGAGAACAGUGGUGAGCAGGGAGAUUCCGGGGGGUCUUUGGAGGGUGCGUGGAUGUCAGAGCAGAUGGAGCCUGAGAAGGCUGGUACAGAUGGCUGUUCCCUGGAGCCAAGGAUGGAGAAGCUGGAGCAGGCAGACGGGCCUGCACCUCUCCCCGGGUCCAACCUGGACAUGAAUGAUUUCUUGCCCAGGCCUCUGCCUGAGGAUCAGCCUGCUGCUUCUGGCUCCCCAGCCUUGUUGGAGGCAGCGCUGCAGACCAUCUCCUUGGACCUGCCCCCCGCAGCCCCCAGUGGGGCUGUGGAGCAAGAGGGCAGCCAGCAGCAGCAGCUGUAUGACUUCACCACGAUCCUCCGCCCCUUGGCUGCAACCACAGCCCCUGCUCCAUGCCGAGAGCUCGAGGCUGGAGCACCCCCAGUACCCAGGGACACACGCCACAGGCCCCGAUGGGGCCUUCACGGCCAUGCCUCAGACUCCAGCAUCCAACUGGGAGAGUCCAUCCCUGAGCCUGAGGCCCCACAGCCACGUCCCAGCACCUCGAGCAGCCGAGCUCGUUGGGACAUCCACAGCCACGUCUCUGCCUCCCACAUCAAGAUGGGCGAGUGUGGCACUGAUGUGGAGCUGCCCCUGCCCCGGGGGAGUGUCCAUGGUCAUGUGUCAGACAGCAGCAUCCCCCUUGGAGCCUACGUUUCAGAGGUGGUCUCUUCUCGGCCCCGCUGGAACCUACAUGGCCACGCCUCACAGUCCCACAUGAAGCUGGGUGACCUCACCAUGGAUGCUGAAGCCCCCCGGCCACGGGGCAGUACCUUUGGCCAUGCCUCAAAGUCCAGCCUUCAGCUGGGUCAGAGCGAGCCUCCCCCUGCCCCCAAGCCCCUGUCCAGGCACACGACUCCCACUGCUGCCACCUCUACCAUGCAGUGGUUUCUGUACAAUAGGGAGCUGGGCUGCCCGGGGCCAGACCAGCCUCCUCAGGGGCAUGAGCUGCCCCCACCCCUUUCCUCGGCAGGCAGAGCCCCUGCCCUGGCUGCUGAAGGCAAAGAAGAGCCAGGCCAGGAGCUCGUCCCAAAGAAGAUAGAUGAACCAGGAGAGAGGCUGGCUACUGGUCCAGGGGAGAGGCCCGUUGGGCCAGAGGAGAGGCCGGCCAUCGGUUCAGUCUUAAGCGAUGACAGCGAGGACUUCUCCCCAAACCAGCCUCCUGAGCUGCAGAUAGAAGCAGAAGCCCCAACUGCAGCCCCCAGCCCUGAGGAGGCAAAAGAUGUAGCCAAAGACAGCGCCCGAGAACAGGCCUACUUGAAAGCCUUGUCUGACCAGUACUGCCUUGAGAGAUACCAAGACAGCUACAGCCUGAUGUCCGAGCCUCCAGUCUCCCAUCUCAUGCGCCACAUCAUUCCCAGACCCUUCUCCUUCCCCUUGGAUCCCCAAGGGCCAUUGGCAGCUGAUGAGACCUCGGUUCAACUGAGCGAGCUCCUGACCCUGCCUGUGCUCAUGAAGCAUUCCAUCACGGCCCCGCUGGUUUCUCAUGUGUCCCUGGUGAACAAGGCUGUUGUUGACUACUACUUCGUGGAGCUUGGCCUGGAGAAGCACUUUGAGGCCUUGAGGCAUUUUCUGCUCAUGGAGGACGGGGAGUUUGCGCAGUCUCUCAGUGACCUGCUCUUCGAGAAGCUGGGCUCGGGGCAGAGCCCUGGAGAGUUCCUGAACCCCCUGGUGCUCAACUCCUUCCUCACCAAAGCCCUGCAGUACAGCCUCCAUGGGGACACGAAGCUGGCCACCAACCUCUCCUUCGCCCUCAAGUACAUGCCAGACAUGCUCAGCGCCAAUGCCCCCGACGCCCUGAGCUGCCUCGAGCUGCGCUACAAGGUUGACUGGCCCCUCAACAUUGUCAUCACGGAAAGCUGCCUGAACAAAUACAACAAGAUCUUCUCCUUCCUGCUACAGCUGAAGCACAUGAUGUGGACCCUGAAGGAUGUGUGCUUCCACCUGAAGCGCACAGCGUUAGUGAACCAUGCAGCCGGUUCGGUCCAGUUCCGCCAGCUCCAGCUCUUCAAGCAUGAGAUGCAGCAUUUUGUGAAGGUGAUCCAGGGCUACAUCGCCAACCAGAUCCUGCAUGUCACAUGGCGAGAGUUUGGGAACAAGCUGUCGGCUGUGAGCGACCUCGAGGAGAUUCACCGCACUCACGCCGAGUACCUCAACAAAGCCAUCUUCAGGGGGCUGCUAACCGAGAAGGCUGCCCCUGUGAUGAACGUCAUCCACAGCAUCUUCAGCCUCAUCCUGAAGUUCCGUACUCAGCUUAUCUCCCAGGCCUGGACCUGUGACAGCAGCCGGCAGGUGGCCGUGCACCCCAACUUUGCCCUCAUGCAGCAGUCCUACAGCACCUUCAAGUACUACUCUCACUUUCUUUUCAAAGUGGUCACCAAGCUGGUGAACCGAGGCUACCAGCCCCAUCUGGAAGACUUCCUCCUGCGGAUUAACUUCAACAACUAUUACAGAGACACAUGAGCUGCAGCCUGUAAGGAUGCCACAUGAUAGAAUGCACUUGCCCUCUCUGUAAAUAGCCGCUGUGUAAUAAAGGGUCCUGGGGAGCAGGA